AGAUACACAGCGGCCAGUCUUAGGUCUGUUGAAGUUGUAGCCUCUAGAUACACAGUGGCCAGUCUUAGGUCUGUUGAAGUUGUAGCCUCUAGAUACACAGUGGCCAGUCUUAGGUCUGUUGAAGUUGUAACCUCAGAUAGAUACACAGUGGCCAGUCUUAGGUCUGUUGAAGUUGUAGCCUCUAGAUACACAGUGGCCAGUCUUAGGUCUGUUGAAGUUGUAGCCUCUAGAUACACAGUGGCCAGUCUUAGGUCUGUUGAAGUUGUAGCCUCUAGAUAGAUACACAGUGGCCAGUCUUAGGUCUGUUGAAGUUGUAGCCUCUAGAUAGAUACACAGCGGCCAGUCUUAGGUCUGUUGAAGUUGUAGCCUCUAGAUAGAUACACAGCGGCCAGUCUUAGGUCGUUGUGAAGUUGUAGCCCUGAUAGAUACACAGCGGCCAGUCUUAGGUCUGUUGAAGUUGUAGCCUCUAGAUACACAGUGGCCAGUCUUAGGUCUGUUGAAGUUGUAGCCUCUAGAUAGAUACACAGUGGCCAGUCUUAGGGUCUGUUGAAGUUGUAGCCUCUAGAUACACAGUGGCCAGUCUUAGGUCUGUUGAAGUUGUAGCCUCUAGAUAGAUACACAGUGGCCAGUCUUAGGGUCUGUUGAAGUUGUAGCCUCUAGAUACACAGUGGCCAGUCUUAGGUCUUGUUGAAGUUGUAGCCUCUAGAUAGAUACACAGUGGCCAGUCUUAGGUCUGUUGAAUUUUGUAGCCUCUAGAUACACAGUGGCCAGUCUUAGGUCUGUUGAAGUUGUAGCCUCUAGUUUACACAGUGGCCAGUCUUAGGUCUGUUGAAGUUGUAGCCUCUAGAUACACAGUGGCCAGUCUUAGGUCUGUUGAAGUUGUAGCCUCUAGAUACACAGUGGCCAGUCUUAGGUCUGUUGAAGUUGUAGCCUCUAGAUACACAGUGGCCAGUCUUAGGUCUGUUGAAGUUGUAGCCUCUAGAUACACAGUGGCCAGUCUUAGGUCUGUUGAAGUUGUAGCCUCUAGAUAGAUACACAGUGGCCAGUCUUAGGUCUGUUGAAGUUGUAUCCUCUAAAUAGAUACACAGUGGCCAGUCUUAGGUCUGUUGAAGUUGUAGCCUCUAGAUACACAGCGGCCAGUCUUAGGUCUGUUGAAGUUGUAGCCUCUAGAUAGAUACACAGUGGCCAGUCUUAGGUCUGUUGAAGUUGUAGCCUCUAGAUACACAGUGGCCAGUCUUAGGUCUGUUGAAGUUGUAGCCUCUAGAUACACAGUGGCCAGUCUUAGGUCUGUUGAAGUUGUAGCCUCUAGAUAGAUACACAGUGGCCAGUCUUAGGUCUGUUGAAGUUGUAGCCUCUAGAUAGAUACACAGUGGCCAGUCUUAGGUCUGUUGAAGUUGUAGCCUCUAGAUGAUACACAGCGGCCAGUCUUAGGUCUGUUGAAGUUGUAGCCUCAGAUAGAUACACAGUGGCCAGUCUUAGGUCUGUUGAAGUUGUAGCCUCUAGAUAGAUACACAGUGGCCAGUCUUAGGUCUGUUGAAGUUGUAGCCUCUAGAUAGAUACACAGCGGCCAGUCUUAGGUCUGUUGAAGUUGUAGCCUCUCGAUACACAGCGGCCAGUCUUAGGUCUGUUGAAGUUGUAGCCUCUAGAUACACAGUGGCCAGUCUUAGGUCUGUUGAAGUUGUAGCCGCUGCUGGAAUAUGUAAAGCACCAGCAAACUUGGGG